AUGGACGAUUCCUACGGCAUUGACAUGGAAGACUUUACGGUUUCCGAGCAGUUGAACUUUGAAAUGUUCACCGAGCUCGACCCGACUCCCAGCUUUACCCAGGGCUCUGAAAGCCACAACCACUUCUAUCAUGGCUCUGGCACCUCCCAUGAUGAUACAUGCAUUGACCCCAAUGCCAGCUUCAUGUUCUCCUCCCGCUUGGACAAUGAUGCGCUCAUGUCCCAGCCGUCUGCUCCCCCUCCUCGGUCAGCCCCCUCAGCAGCAGCAGCAGCAGCCGCCUCCGCCGCGCCUCGCCCUCGCCAGUCUUCCAUGCCCACAGAGACCAGCUCGACCGCCAACAGCGACUUUACCUUUCAUGGCUUUCAGUGGACCAAUGCAGCGGCUGCGAACUUCAACACUCUACCUGACCCCAACUACGACCUUCUCCCCAAUGCGACGGACGAGGCUGCUGCCUCGCCCAAGGACGCGUGUGCUGCAGAGUGCACCAAGCCCGACUGCGAAGAUGUCUGCGAGGACCCAGACUGCGAAGUAGACUCCGAGACCUGCGCUGACGACUGCGCUGACGACUGUGCUGACGACUGUGCUGUCGACUGCGCUGUCGACUGCGAAAGCGCCUGCGAUGACGAAGAAUGCCAAAAGGCCGAGUGCCCUGACGACUGCGACGAGGAAGCCUGCAACCCCAUCACGCGUUGCACAGAGGAUCAUUGUUCAGACAAAGCGGAAGCUGCACCUGAUGAUGCGUCUGCUGCUGCUGCCAAAAUCCUCAAAGAUUUGCAAAAUCCUCGCGUCGUCUGGCAACAGCGCCGUCAGCCGCAGCAACCACAAUAUAUGCAACUGCAACAGCAACACCUGCAACUGCAACAGAUGCAACUGCAGCAGAUGCAACAGCAACAGAUGCAACAGCAGCAGAUGCAACAGCAGCAGAUGCAACAGCAGCAGAUGCAACAGCAGCAGAUGCAACAGCAACAGAUGCAACAGCAGCAGAUGCAACAGCAACAGAUGCAGUCACAACAACAGAUGCGACAGCAGUUACAGCCACGACAACAGAUGCAACAGCAGUUGCAACCACAACAGCAGGAACAGUACCUUUACACGCCUGGCAUGAAUUUUGCCUCCCAGCAGACACUUCAGUCCCCAGCUCUCCAAUCCUCGCAAAUUCCUUCUUCUCGCCCAGAAGGUGGGAUGACCUUCUCCCAGAUGGACUCAAGUCCCGUCUCUUUCGAGCAGGCCGCGGCACAGGUCGAAAUGAUGGGCAAGUUUAUCGAUACUAUGCCUCUGAACCCGACCAUAGAUCCUUUCUUCGAGCAUAUAUACCAGUGUCACGACCCAAAUCAACCCCAGUGCGUCGAGCCAUGCGUGCUCAGCACCUUUCCCACGCAGUACGCACAAUGUCCGUUUCCCCAACGGCCCGAAGACCAUCUGAAUCAGAAUGCGUUCUAUCAAGGAGACCACAGCCCGACCACGGAGAUUGCCAAAUGCGACACCAAGUUCCAAACGACUUCGGAGCUGGUCGCACACUUUAACGAGCAACAUCGGCCAGCCCUGGCUGCCACGAACCACACGUUCGCUAGCCCACAAUACAACAUGCAGCACCCGAGCCCGGCUCCUAUGACCCGAACAAUCAAGGGCAUAACUUUUCGUCGGGGAACAGGCCACCUCAACGGUUCCCCUACCUUGAUGCAGCGACCGCUGUCUGCCAUGACAGCCUCGUCGACCCUGACAGGCGAUAGCGCCCAAAUCAGCACUCCAGCAACACCUGAAUCAGAAAGCUUCUCUCGCGCGAGCAACCAGUGUCGCUGGGUGGCUCAUGGUCAGAUCUGCGGAUUGACGUUCAGGAAUGAAGUAGACCUUCAUCAGCAUGUCCGCGAUCAUCACACCUCACCGUUGCGCAAGGAGGUCGGUGGAUUUCCCUGCCACUGGCACAAGUGCAUCCGUAAAUUGAAGGGCAGCGCCGGCAAUUUUCAUCAAAAGUCUAAGCUCGACCGUCAUCUACAGGUCCACACCGGCUCAAUGCACACAAGGACACAUACAGGCUCAAGUCCUCAGUUUGAUGCCCUCGACGCGAUGCUCCAGGGGUUCCCUAAGCUUGAGACUAGUCCUCUCUGA